AUGAAAACGUUGAAACAGCCUCGGAUGAGAGACCCCCCUUUUGAUGACGACCAUGGCAAACGGAAUAAGAACUACGAUUUGAGGGCAUGCACCUGGAAUGUCCGGACACUUAAUGGGGAAGGUGCCGCUGCCCAGCUGGUUGAUGUCCUCGCAAAAAUAAAGGCUGACAUCACCGCCGUCCAAGAAAUGCGAUGGACGGGACAAGGACAGAGACGAGUAGGUCCUUGUGACAUUUACUACAGUGGCCAUACAAUGGCCAUGGGCAAACAAGGUAUCUUUGGCACUACGGUCGGUAAAUUCAGCCUCCACGACGAAACAUCCCCAAAUGGGUUGAGGCUGAUUGACUUCGCCGGGGCCCGAAAUAUGGUUAUCUGUAGUACUAGAUUCCAGCAUAAGAAGAUUCAUCAAGCUACCUGGCUGUCUCCGGAUCGAAAAACUACCAACCAGAUCGAUCAUGUUGUGAUAGAUGGAAGACACGUCCCCAGUGUUUUAGAUGUGCGUGCGCUACGAGGUCCUAACAUCGACUCGGACCAUUAUCUUGUUGCAGCUAAGAUUCGCACUCGCCUCUGUGCAGCAAAAAACGCACGCCAACAAACACAAGGAAGGUUCGACGUCGAAAAGCUGCAAUCACAACAGACUGCCGAACGAUUUUCUACUCGGCUUGCACUCCUGCUCUCUGAGAGCACUAGUCAACAACUCGGUAUAGGGGAACUGUGGGACGGCAUUUCAAAUUCCAUACGUACAGCUGCAACCGAAACCAUUGGUUUUCGGAAAGAGCAAAAGAACAGCUGGUACGACGAGGAGUGCCGUGUCGCAGCGGAGAGAAAACAGGCUGCCUACCUCGCAACGUUACGAUCGACCACUACACGUGCGGGAUGGGAUAGAUACCGAGAGUUGAAGAGGGAAGCGAGACGCAUUUGCAGACAGAAGAAGAAAGAGGCCGAAAUGCGUGAGUAUGAAAAGCUUGAUAAGCUGGCCGACAGGGGUAAUGCUCGAAAAUUCUACGAAAAAAAGCGGCGGCUUACAGAAGGUUUCAAGACCGGAGCAUACUCUUGUAGAACCCCCAAAGGUGAUCUAGUCACUGAUGCCCAGAGCAUAGUUAAAUUAUGGAGGGAACACUUCUCCAGCCUGCUGAAUGGCAGUGAACGCACAACACCAGGAGAAGGAGAACCCGAUUCCCCAAUCGAUGACGAUGGAGCAGACGUUCCAUUACCCGACCAUGAAGAAGUUUGAAUAGCAAUUGCCCGCCUCAAGAACAACGAAGCGGCAGGGGCCGACGGACUACCGGCCGAGCUAUUCAAACACGGCGGCGAAGAACUAAUAGGGAGCAUGCAUCAGCUUCUUUGUAAAAUAUGGUCGGACGAAAGCAUGCCCAACGAUUGGAAUUUAAGUGUGCUAUGCCCAAUCCAUAAAAAAGGAGACCCCACAAUCUGCGCCAACUACCGUGGGAUAAGCCUCCUCAACAUCGCAUAUAAGGUUCUAUCGAGCGUAUUGUGUGAAAGAUUAAAGCCCACCGUCAACAAACUGAUUGGACCUUAACAGUGUGGCUUCAGACCUGGAAAAUCAACAACCGACCAGAUAUUCACCAUGCGCCAAAUCUUGGAAAAGACCCGUGAAAGGAGAAUCGACACACACCACCUCUUCGUCGAUUUCAAAGCUGCUUUCGACAGCACGAAAAGGAGCUGCCUUUAUGCCGCGAUGUCUGAAUUUGGUAUUCCCGCAAAACUAAUAUGGCUGUGUAAAUUGACGUUGAACAACACGAAAAGCUCCGUCAGGAUCGGGAAGGACCUCUCCGAGCCGUUCGACACCAAACGAGGUUUCAGACAAGGCGACUCCCUAUCGUGCGACUUCUUCAACCUGCUCCUGGAGAAAAUAGUUCGAGCUGCAGAACUAAACAGAGAAGGUACCAUCUUCUAUAAGAGUGUACAGCUGUUGGCGUAUGCCGACGAUAUUGAUAUCAUCGGCCUCAACACCCGCGCCGUUAGUUCUGCUUUCUCUAGGCUGGACAAGGAAGCACAGAAAAUGGGUCUGGUAGUGAACGAGGGCAAAACGAAAUAUCUCCUGUCAUCAAACAAACAGUCGUCACACUCGCGACUUGGCUCUCACGUCACUGUUGACAGUCAUAACUUUGAAGUUGUAGAUAAUUUCGUCUAUUUAGGAACCAGCAUUAACACCACUAAUAAUGUCAGCCUGGAAAUCCAACGCAGGAUUGCUCUUGCCAACAGGUGCUACUUCGGACUGAGUAGGCAAUUGAAAAGUAAAGUCCUCUCUCGACGAACAAAAGCUAAACUCUAUAAGUCCCUCAUAAUUCCCGUCCUGCUAUAUGGUGCAGAGGCUUGGGCGAUGACAGCAACCGAUGAGUCGACGUUACGAGUUUUCGAGAGAAAAAUUCUGGGAAAGAUUUAUGGUCCUUUGCGCAUUGGCCCCGGCGAAUAUCGCAUCCGAUGGAACGAUGAGCUGUACGAGAUAUAUGACGACAUUGACAUAGUUCAGCGAAUUAAAAGACAGCGGCUACGCUGGCUAGGUCAUGUUGUCCGGAUGGAUGAAAACACUCCAGCUCUGAAAGUAUUCGACGCAGUACCCGCCGGGGGAAGCAGAGGAAGAGGAAGACCUCCACUCCGUUGGAAGGACCAAGUGGAGAGGGACCUGGCUUCGCUUGGAAUAUCCAAUUGGCGCCACGCAGCGAAAAGAAGAAACGACUGGCGCGCUGUUGUUUUUCUCACAAUAAUGCAGAAAUUAUUUUUCACUUUUCAGCUUGAUAUGUUUUAAAAGCGUAUUUUUAGUUUUUUAAACUAUAUUUAUUUCAGAAAAACUCAACAUGUAAUAACCGUCCACUAAAAUAACACAGAACACUUAAUUCCGAGUGGUACAUAACAAUUUUUUUUGCCAGUUGUCUUUCAAGAAACCAAGGAAACCAACCAUCAUAUAUCAAAACGUUGAUUUGAUAAGUCCUGACUUGGCACCAAAUGACUUCUUUUUGUUGGCGUAAUUAAAAAAUAAACUAAGAGGUCAAGCUUUUAUAAAUUUGGUAUAAACUAAUCUUCUUAUGUCCCAAACAUAUUGUAUUUCUUUUAGAAAUUCAAUUGGAAAAUUGACACAUUUAUUUUCGUCAAAAACUGCAUCGAUUGAUUUAAAUCGCCUGGAAACGAUUGCUUUAUUGGAGAAUUUAUUUCUCCAACAUCUUCAUUAUGCCGAAUACGUGAUUCAAUUAUGAUCCAAGAGUUUAAUGCUUUGCAUAUUUGAUUACAGUUCUAUUCUACCAUCCCAAAUAUCUAGCAAUUGUUCGGCAAAUAUUUGUGCUGGUAAUCACUUUGCAGUUGUCAAAUAUUCAUACAUAUAUGUAGAUGCAUAUACAUGCAUUAUUGUUACUCACUUAUAAGAAUUACGUAGUUGGAAAAAAAUUGAGUUUGAUUGUUAAUACACACAUUUUGUUGUGUUUAAUGGCGGGACACAAUGGUAUGCGUAAGUUUAUGACCAAUCGAAGAAUGCCAUAAUAAGAAGGCGAGAAAUGACCGACAAGGUCUCCCCGAAAUCAUCAGACUGUGGUCCGAAGAGUUUAUCGUUGCGCUUAAAUCUUGUAUUGUUCCGUGCAAUACUUGCAACUUUUUGCGAACUCCUCACAUCUAAUUAUAAUUAAAAUUUUUCGCAACACUGCAGCUAUUUCGUCAUCUUACUAUAGGGGGAUUCUCUUGCUCUUGCAAGAUUGCACGACGACACAAAAUGCAAAAAUCCUAUAUCGAAAUAUGCAAGGCCAAGAGAGCACCCAUUGCAGAAUCUAGUGAUACUAUAUAUAAACUGCUGAUUUAUUAAAAAUGACUAUUGUGCAUGACUAUUGCGAAUUAGCGCAACUUCUGCAUUCAUUCUUAACAAAAAACUAUAACAAAUCUUUAUAAUUUAAAUAGAAAAUUUAAAAUCUAUUUAAAACUUACCUUCCUCAACAAUUCAACGGCGAAAUAAGUCUUUACGUAAAACGAAAGGUGGCACACGGUUGCAAUUAUUUUUUUAAGUGUCAUUGCACGAAAAUAAACAUGGGUUUUGGUCUAACAUAUUUUACAGCCAUUGAAAAUAACUUUUUGCGUGUGUUUGUUGUUGUGCCGUUGCACCGAAAGGAAAAUUCUGUUAUUCGUGCACCGUGCAAUGGUUUUGUAAGAGCAAGAGAAUCCCCCUUACAUAUAUGUCACAAAUUGCGGUUGUUUUUUAUGAAUAUCUAAUGACAACAAUGUAGAAUGCUGAAUGUGUCAUUCGCACACUACUUACUAAAUUAGCUUAAAACUUGACAAUGCAACUGCUUAUACGAUUUAGAUGCCGACGAUUGAAAUGCCGACAAAUUACCUUACACAAUAAUUUGUGAGAAUUUUGGAAAUAGUUUUAACGGUCAUUAAUAAACAAAUAAUUAACAAAAAAAAACACCUCUAAAUUCAAAUAUAAUCUAUCCUAUACAUUAAGUUGGAUGAAACUAUCAUUAAAAUGUGUUCAGUACUUUAGAUUUUCAGCGCGGACAAAUAAAAUUGACAAGUAAGUUUUGAA